GUUGCGCCGGAUGCAGGCGUUAGAGGCCUGCGGGAGGGCGUCGGUGCUUCUUCGCUUUGCGCUGGGAGCCUCUGGUGCCAGAAUGGACCGGAGGAAAAAGCCUUUGGACGUUACUGCCUCUUCGUUGGUAGACCUUAAGGCUGAACUCUUCCGAAAACAAGAAGAAUUCAAACAAGAAAAACUUCUAAAAGAUUCUGGAGUUUUGGGAAAACCAAAAACAACUAAUAAGAAACCAAGUAUCUGGAGCAAACAGAAUGUAGGAGUUACAAAUAGAGCUGAGAAGGAUGCAGAACAGAAGAUUGAGGAACAGAAGACUUUAGACAAAGCAAGGGAGAAAUUAGAAGAAAAAGCCAAAUUAUAUGAAAAAAUGACUAAAGGAGACUUUAUAGAUGAAGAAGCGGAGGAUAUGUACCUUGUGGAUUUCACACAGAAGAUCAUAGACAAACACAAAGAGAUGGAGGUGUUUGGUGCCAACAGAGAUUGUAGGAAGGCAGGAGAAAGAGACGAUGAUGAAGAAGAUCUUUCUGAAAAAGAUAUACCUCCUCCCCAGGACCCCGGUGAAGAAUGGGUGGAUUAUGUGGAUUCUUUAGGGCGAUCUCGCCGCUGUAUGAAAAAGGAUUUGCCAGAUCUGCUGGAGAUGGAUAAAAAUCUUCAGGGGAGGCUUUUCGUUAGUCCUGCUAAUGAGAAAACCUUAUUAUCUGAAGAUAUGAGAAAAGAACUUCAGCGCCAGCAAUGGGAGGAAGAAGAAAGAGAGGCCUUGAAAAGGCCGAUGGGGCCCAUACAUUAUGAAGACAUUCGUGAAAAUGAGGCCCGGCAACUUGGUGUUGGAUAUUUUGCCUUUGCCCGAGAUAAAGAGUUGAGAAACAAGCAGAUGAAAACGUUAGAGAUGCUACGUGAACAGACAACAGAUCAGAGAACAAAACGAGAGAACAUAAAGGAAAAGCGAAAGGCUAUGUUAGAAGCAAGGCUUGCUAAACUCCGACAAAAAAAGAUGAAAAAGUCAAAAGAAGAUGGAGCAGAGGAAGAAAACAAAGAUGUUAUUGGGCCUUUGCCACCAGAACCAGAGGCUGUGCCAACCCCACGUACUGCUGCCCAGAGUAGCAAAGUGGAAGUCAUCGUUCAGGAGAGGAAGGAUACCCGCCCGGGAGUGCCGCAUGUCCGAGAGUGGGACAGAGGAAAAGAGUUUUCCUUUGGGUUCUGGUCGAAGAGGCAGUCAGAUCUCCGGGCUGAGAGAGAUCCUGAGUUUGCCCCACCAUCGGAUUACUUUGUGGGUCAAAAGAGAACUGCUUCCCUCAGUAGCGAGACGUGGAGCAGACCUGCAGCUGCACCGAGCGACCCAGGACAGUGCUCUGGCCAGAGUCGUGACACUGGCUCUUCACAUCCACCAUCCACUCCUGCCCCCAGCAGCCCACCACGAGCCCCGACAGUCACUUUUGAAACUCUGGACGAUAUGAUAUCAUAUUACAAACAAGUGACAUGAACUUCCAAACCGUUCUGAUUUGGGUCUCUACUGUGGAUAGUGCCUUCUUCUCCUAAAUUGGGGAAGAUAAUUUAAUUUUAGGGACUGAAUUGUACCUGUUUCCUCCCAUCCUUUCCCUGGAAGACACAGACUUCAGGUUGGAUUUGUCUGUCAGCAAGGAAGAAAGUGAAUGGUACCAUGGGAAUUCUGUGGCCACUUGGCUGUUCAUUUUUUUCUAAUUGAUAUGGAGCCCUGUCCUUCUGGAUUUAUGUGUAAGCUGUCAUGUACGACCCCGAAGAGCUCGUAACCCUGUUUCAUAACCACUUCCUUGGCUUACCUAGAUUUAAGGGUUCCAUUCCUUUCCUUUUGCA